AUGGUGCACGAGUCGCAGCUGGGCUGGGAAGGGGGCCCGAUCCCGGUGCCGCUGCACGGGACGGGGUAUAUGGCUGACCGGACGGGGCGAAUCCGGGAGCUUUACGUAGUCUGCGUUAUCCUACAAUGCGUAGUCCACCAGGCGCUCCUCUUCGUGCCGCCGAGCCCACUGACGACGCCGCGCGCGCUAGCCGCCUCACCCAACCAGAGCACACUGGGCUGUGCCGACUGGCCGCCGCCGAACUGCGGAAGUCUGUCACGCAGCCAGGACUGCCGCCUCAUCUGUCCGGACGGCGAGGCGUGCCAGCCCAGCGCCGGCCUGCCAGCCUCCAGCCGGACCACGUUCUGGGUGUACUUCGCACUGCGGAUGGUGGGCGUGUUCUUCAUGGCGCCGUCCUUCACGCUGCUGGACGCAACUAACCUCGCGUUGGUGAGGCAGCACAAGACGCCAGGGCAGAACUUUGGCCGCCAGCGCGUGACGGCAAUUGCUGCCACCAUCAUCGUUCCGCCACUCGUCGGUGUCAUCAUCGACUUAGUCAGCACGCCUGGCAAGACGAAUUACGGCCCAGCCUUCUACUCCAUGGACCUGUUCGUUGUCUUCACCGUCGUCACUCUGUACGCCUGCAACUUAAAGGUGGCGCUGCCGGAAAAGGCCCACUUCCGUCAAGUCACCAAGAUUCUGAAACGCCCGGAGACCCUCGUUUUCAUAUUAGCUGUCGCCCUUUUGGGAUCCAUGUGGGGAUUUUUGGAGAACUUCCUCUUUGUUUUCCUGAAGAGUCUCCAGGCACCAACGUAUUUAAUGGGUCUGACCAUGACGGUGGCUGGCCUAGCAUCGCUGCCCUUCAACUGGUGGUCAGACGCCAUCUGCAGGAAGGUCGGCCACAUCAACGUCCUCCUUGUGUCGUUCGCCGGCUACACCUUGAGAUACAUCGGAUAUUCCUUCAUCAGAAAUCCCUGGCUGUGCUUCCCGUUCGAGCUGCUGGAGGUGGUCACCACUCACCUGAUGUGGAAUAGUGCUGCCACCUACGCUGGACAACUGGCGCCGCCUGGGCUGCUGGCUACACUCACCGGACUGGCUGGAGCCCUGCACUACAGCUUUGGCCGCGGCGUCGGCAGCUUCAUCGGCGGCUACCUGAUGGCGCUGUCCGGACCGGCCUUCACCUUCCGGACCAUGGGUAUCGGCAGCGGCGUGGCCGGCGCGCUCUACGCCAUCGUCUACUACGGCUGCCUCCGUCAGAGGAUCUCCCAACGAGAGGAGCGCCAACGUGCUAAGAAGACCCAGCAAAAUGCUGACCCGAUGGAGGACCCGCACGAGCUAGCGGCAAUGCUGGAGGAGCACGCCAUCGCCACAGUGUAGUGCCAACAGUGUCCUGGCGGCUGAGCCGGCAACGCUGGAGGAGCACACCAUCGCCACAGUGUAGUGCCGACAGUGUCCUGGCGGCUGAGCCGGCAACGCUGGAGGAGCACACCAUCGCCGCAGUGUAGUGCCAACAGUGUCCUGGCGGCUGAGCCGGCAACGCUGGAGGAGCACGCCAUCGCCACAUUGUAGUGCCAACAGUGUCCUGGCGGCUGAGCCGGCAACGCUGGAGGAGCACACCAUCG